AUGGCGAAGUGUGUGAUGCGCACGGGAUGGCGUGCAUCGGGCGGCACGUUGAGAUUCUCAUCAAUUUGCCUAAAAAAUUGGCCAAAUGUUCCUGCUUACCCCAAUGCGCCGAACUCAAUUAUUACUCUCACUCAAAGAAGGUCACUCUUCGUUUUACCUUUUGGCAUCGAUGUUGGGAUAUUGGGAGUCGCGGCGUAUUAUAUUACGAGGUUAAAGAAGCCAGAUCCAGAUAAUGUGGUCAGUAUAUUCGGUCCUGACCCCUGGAGCAAGGAAAGCGACUUACAUCCUGAGAAAGUUGUUAAAUGCAUAGCUCAUAGAGGAGCGGGUUUAGAUGCUCCCGAGAACACCAUACAAGCAUUUAAAUACUGUGUUGAGAGGGAUUGCCGUUUUGUAGAACUAGAUGUGAGAUCAUCACGAGAUGGUCAUUUAGUUUUAUUGCAUGAUCAGGGCCUAGGGCGGCUAACUGGCACUGAUAUUACUGAUGUUCACAUCAUGGAUUGGGAAAAGAUUAAAAACAUUGAUAUUGGGGCGACACAUCCUAAUAGACAACAGUUCAAAGAGGUACACCUGUGUCUAUUGGACGAUGCACUAAAUUACUUGCUUGCCAAUAAUGUAAGGAUGAUUAUUGACAUUAAGGGUGAAGACAAACAGGUAGUGAAUGGAAUUUUGAAGGCUUUCUCUAACCAACCAGCUCUGUACCGGUAUGCGGUGGUCACAUGUUUCAAUCCUUUCACUCUGUAUCAGAUCAGAAAGAGGGAUCCUCAAGUUGUAGGCGCUAUCAGUUACCGUCCAUACUGCUUCAGUGCUCAAGAUUACGAUGCGGAGAAUGGACCGACCAAUCCAAGAUUUGGUGACAACCUGCCCGUUCAAGCGUUGCUUCGUGUCGCGGACUUGGUUCACUCGCUUCUGUGGCGCUGGAGCGCUCGCUGGUGCGCCGCCAGCGCUGUGCUGCUGCACAAGGAUAUAGUCAGCCCGAGUGAAGUGCAGUACUGGAGGUCGCUGGGUAUCCGUUGCGCUGGUUGGUCCGUGAACAGACCCCUGGAGAAGCUGUAUUGGCGCGGAGUUCUCCGAGCUCCAUAUCUUGCUAGUACACUUUUGGGCGAACCCGACGUUGACGAACAGAAACGUGUUGAAAAACGAAGUAUAAAGGAGGUUGAUUAA